ACCACCACCUCCUCCUCCUCCUCCCUCCUCCAUCCCGAUGCGUGUCAUCCCCACAGAAGAAGUAGUAGUGGUAGUAGUAGUACGUGCUGCUGCCCUCCCAUUUUACAUGAACUCAACUACGUCUCCCUCUCUCCCUCUUCUCCCAGUCUUUUAGCUCUUGCUUCCUCUCUGUUGCAGCCUUUCGAUUAGGACUACAGCCAUGUUGCACCAGUGCGGCCACCAGAGCAGCACGCAGCAGUGCUCGUGUGGGUUGCUCUGCGGUGGCGCCGCCUCGUUCUCCAUUUUCUUCCCGGCGUCCGGUAGCAAGUUUACUGAUGAUGAUGGCUUCGAUGGCAGUAAGUCCGACGCUUCCUCGUCGGUGGACUGCACCUUGUCUCUCGGCACCCCAUCGACGCGCCUGACUGAACACAAAACCUUGCCCUCACCUACUGCACAUAUCCAGCCACCCUCGUGCAUGUCCAGCUUUCGCUGGGAUACCCUAUCUCAUCCCAAGAAGCACGCGUCCAUGGGAACAGGUGGAAGCAUUGCUUCUGGUGGUGGAAACACCGUCGGCUCGAACAUGGCCGGAGACCCGCAUCUACUAGCCCGCAGGUGCGCCAACUGCGACACCACCUCCACUCCCUUGUGGAGGAACGGUCCCAGAGGCCCAAAGUCACUGUGUAACGCGUGCGGCAUCCGUUACAAGAAGGAAGAGAGGCGGGCGGCGGCAUCGCCGUCCUCGUCGACAUCGGUGGUAACGGCGGCUGCCGAGCAGACGAUCGGAUACGGAUACAUACGACAGCAGCAGCCGCAGCAGUCGCCCUGGGGAUGCUACGCUCCAACGGCGACGAAGAGCGGUCCUUCCAUCUCGGUGCAUGACGACACGGCGGACGAGGGCGACGUGCCUUAUCUCUCCUGGCGGCUAAACCUGGUGCCGCCGACCCAGUUCCCGGUUCGAGACCGCCCCAGCCUAUUCCAAUACAAUUAGUAGUUCCGAAUUCCAGUAGCAACGAAGCAUCAAAACCAGUCCUGUUCGUGGCCUUCUUUGAUCAACCUCUUCAUGUAUACUCUGUAGCCUCAAGUAGUAGAGAUGAUAAGUCUCUUCGUUAGGUAACGAAUCAAAUGAUGGGUGUUCUUA